AUGGCCUCCAACAGGCCCGGAGGAAGCGGGCGGCGCAAGAGGACCAAGUUCAGCGAAAGCCAACUGCAGGUUCUCAUCAAGGCCUUUGAGAAGGAUGAAUACCCUGAUGUCACGGCCCAAAAAGAACUAGCCAAGAAAACCCAGAUUCCUCAGUCCAGAAUCCAGGUAUGGUUUCAGAACCGGAGAGGCAGACGAUCAAAGAACUCCCAAAAGAGGCCCCGUCCAGAUGCAGAUACUGCGGCUCCCGGAUCCCACCAGGGCGCAUUCCCUGCCCCCAAACACCACCGUGGCCUCCAGGGCCUUUCCCCCCAAUAUGGCUCCGGCAGAGCUCUACAGAGCAAUGCGGACCACUUCUCCUGGGGGGCGGAGCGUGCAUCUGGGCCAGCAGGCCACUGGGGGCACGGGGGUGUGCUGGGCGCCAAUGUGGUCUCUCCCAACCUGGAGAUUCCAGCCAACGCACUAGGAGAACCUUCCAGCAAUUUCCACCAUUCUUCAGCUAUGGGUGCAUUUCCUGUUCCCCAACAGCCCUUCCAGGCAGAAGCUGGUGGCAUAGACACUCAUCUGGGGGACCCCAGGGCACUCAUAUAUGAAGACCCGCAUUUUCCUUUUUAUGGGCAGCAUCCAUGA